AAUUUAUGGCUGGUAUGAUAAUUAAUUAAGCUAGUGAAAAAGCAUUCAUUGAUAAAGAUUAACGAGUAUGUUAACACAUGUUUGCACAUAUCAUCGAUAUAUAUCACGCGUUAACUCUGCGUCCUCUCACAAUCGUCUGGAGUCAGUGACGGAGCACAGUUACAAGCAGAAUCGAGUAACAACGACGUUUGAGAAUUUCUCACAGCAAAAUGAGUAAUUCAAAGUUUGAUCAAACUCUCGAAGAGAUUUUGGAGGCACAUCUACCAGAGAAGGAGCUGGCUGAAGUUAAGCGCCUUUUAUAUGGCCGCGAGUUGCAGUCGCUAAAUCUUCCUCAAUGGAACGGAAGUGAAGAUCUCGACAUCCAAGGAUACAUUGUGGGCGGCAGUGUGACGGAGCAAUUGCGUCCUCCACGUCUCGUCCGAGUUGGUUUGAUUCAGCAUUCCAUAGUGCUACCAACGACAGAACCUUUGCAGAAACAAAGAAACGCUCUGCAUAUGAAAAUCCAAAAAUAUGUCGACUACGCUGCAGCCUGCGGUGUGAACAUACUCUGCCUCCAAGAGGCUUGGGCUAUGCCAUUUGCCUUCUGCACCAGAGAGAAAUAUCCCUGGUGUGAACUGGCUGAAGAUGCUGAGAAUGGAUCAACCAUAAUAUUCAUGAGUGAACUUGCUCAACGGCAUGGAAUGGUUAUCAUUUCUCCAAUUCUUGAGAGAGACUCUGCAAAUGGCGACACUCUGUGGAACACUUCUGUAAUAAUUAAUAAUGAUGGAAAGGUGAUUGGAAAGGUGAGGAAGAAUCAUAUUCCUCGCGUAGGAGAUUUCAACGAGUCUACUUAUUACAUGGAAGGAAAUACAGGACAUCCUGUCUUCGAAACAUGUUUUGGACGUAUAGCUGUUAACAUUUGUUAUGGUAGACAUCAUCCCCAGAACUGGAUGAUGUACGGAUUGCAUGGUGCUGAGAUUGUGUUCAACCCAUCAGCAACAACCAGCCAUACAUCUGAACCAUUAUGGUCCAUCGAAGCGAGAUGUGCAGCCAUAGCAAACAGUUACUACACCUGUGCUAUUAAUCGCGUUGGAACUGAAAUGUUCCCCAAUGAAUUUACGUCUGGCGAUGGAGCUCCUGCGCACCAUGAUUUUGGUCACUUUUAUGGGUCCAGCUACAUCACUGCUCCUGAUGGAACUAGAACACCAGGCUUAAGUCGUUGUAAAGAUGGUCUUCUCGUCUCUGAACUAGACCUAAACUUGUGUCGUCAGAUGAAAGAUUUUUGGUGUUUGAGAAUGACACAAAGAUUGGACUUGUACGCCAAAGAACUGAACGAGUAUGUGGAAAAAAACUUGAAACCACAACAGAAAAAUGUGAAACAGCAGGAAAAAGACAACAAAAAUUAAUAAGUGAAACAUAAAAUGCUGCAAGUCGCAGAUGCUUAUUUUUACAAAUUUCUUAUUUUUACUGAUUAUAUGUAUAAAUCAAAAAGAGAUUAUAAAAAAAUAUAUAUGUAUCUAGACAAAUA